GAUGGCGGCCCUGGAGGACGAGUUCACGCUGUCCUCGGGGGUCCUGAGUGCUGGCCCCGACGGGCUCUUGGGCGUGGAGCAAAGCAACAAGACAGACCAGUUCCUGGUGACGGACCGAGGCAGGACCGUGGUCCUCUACAAGGUUUCGGACCAGAAACCCUUGGGGAGCUGGUCAGUGAAACAAGGUCAGCUGAUAACGUGUUCCGCUGUGUGCAACUUUCAGACCGGAGAGUAUGUCGUCGUACACGAUAAUAAGGUUUUGAGAAUAUGGAACAAUGAAGAUGUAAAUCUGGAUAAAGUAUUUAAAGCUACAUUGUCGGCUGAGGUGCACAAGAUACACUCCGUACGUGGGACAGAACCCGUGCUGCUGUUCAAGGAGGGCGCGGUUCGCGGUCUGGAAGCCUUGCUUGCAGAGCCCCAGCAGGAAAUUGAAGCAGUUCUCUCAGAUGGAGAAGUGAUCAGGUGGACAAAGCUUUUCAUGGUAUUUAGGCAUCCUGUUUUAAUUUUUAUUACUGAAAAACAUGGAAAUUACUUUGUAUAUGUACAUAUGGUUAACUCACAUACCUUAAGCAAAUAUACACUCUUACGUGGACAAGAAGAAAAAUCUGUCAUCCAGAGUUUUACUGCAUCUGUGGACCGGAAGUUUAUCUCCGUGAUGUCUUUAAGCUCUGAUGGAUGUGUGUAUGAAACCCUGAUUCCAGUAUAUCCAACUGACCCAGAAGAAAAUCAGAGGGUCGUUAGCUCACUGUUGCUGAGAGCUGUUGUGUCUGGCAGUGCUCCAAGUGGUGUUGCACUCACUGUCCUGGACCGGGACCACGUGGCAGUCCUCGGAAGUCCCCUGUCAGCCUCCAAGGAGUGCCUCUCCGUAUGGAAUAUAAAAUUUCAGACACUGCAGACGUCAAAAGAAUUACCACAAGGGACCAGUGGUCAACUCUGGUAUUAUGGGGAGAAUUUGUUGAUGCUGCAUGGACAAUCUCUGACUGUGAUCCCAUACAAGUGCGAAGUAUCAUCGUUGGCAGGUGCUCUGGGAAAACUCAAGCACAGUCACGAUCCAGGCAUUCAAGUCAUGCCCCCUUUUGUAAAUUGGGAAGCAUCUCAGGGAGAUGGACUUGGAUCCCAACACGCAGAGCAGCCAAGACGAAUUUUAAGGAGACGAAAAAUUGAAGUGAGUUCACAGCCAGCGGUUCCACCAUCCAAACAACUGUUAACAACCAUCAUGAAAGAUUCAGAAAAACACAUUGAAAUGGAACUACGUAAGUUUUUGGCUGUUAAAACACCUGACUUUCAUGCCAUAGUUGGGGACCUAGUAACAGGACUUCUGGGGAGAUGUCAAGUGGAACCAUCAUUCUGUCCCCGGAACUGUCUGGUGCAGCUUAUCCAAACACAUGUACUUUCUUACAGCUUGUGCCCUGGCUUGAUGGAGAUGGCCGUGAAGAAGACCGAUGUGCAACUGCUGCAGCUCUGUCUGCAGCGAUUCCCUGACAUUCCCGAAUCGGUCACCUGUGCCUGCUUGAAAAUCUUCUUGAGCAUUGGUGAUGACAGUCUUCACCAAGCAGAGAUCGACAUGGAGUCUGUGUUUGACUACGGUGACUCUGUCCAGGGUGACAACGUGGCGGCACCCGUGGACGUGCUCCAGAAUGGCUUCAGUCCUGAAGGAGACACCUGCCUCUCCUGUUGUCAGGAGGUCCCUGCGAAGCCCCAGGACGCAGCAGCAGCGACCCCGACCUGCCCCGUGACACCACAGAGAGCCGCUCUGCUAAACGCCAUUCUUCACUCAGGGUACAGCGAGGCGUUUCUUCUGCCCCACUUGAAGGACAUACCAGCACAGCACAUCACCCUGUUUCUCAAGUAUUUGUAUUUCCUUUAUCUGAAGUGUAGUGAAAAUGCUACUAUGACUCUUCCUGGAAUACACCCUCCCACCCUGAAUCAGAUCCUGGAUUGGAUAUGCCUCCUGCUAGAUGCUAAUUUUACUGUUGUGGUCAUGAUCCCAGAGGCAAAAAGACUACUGAUAAGUCUUUACAAGUUUGUGAAAUCUCAGAUAUCUGUUUAUUCUGAGCUCAACAAGAUUGAAGUCAGUUUUCGGGAGCUGCAGAAAUUAAAUCAGGAAAAGAAUAACAGAGGGUUAUAUUCCAUCGAAGUGCUGGAACUCUUCUGAGAUGACCAGCUCUCCCUCACAGACGUUUUAUGAAGCUCUUUUAUGGAGACUCUUCCUGCUCCUCCAUUGAGCAUAGUGUGUUGUUUACAACCAACUCAGUGUCAAGAGGACAGUGUUCAUGAGCCCUGGGCCAUCAUGUGUCCGGGCCCCAGGAAGGCAGCAGUUUCUGUGUGAACCUCUGGAUGGUGGACAUUGGUAGGGAGAGCUUCUGAAUUUUUUAAAAAUGUGAACCUGGGUUGAUUUUAAGUAAACUUAUUUGUGUACUGAUAAAAGUCUACUUUCUUAUUA